AUGUACAACAUAUAUGUGAAAUAUAAAAAAUUAAUUGCAGAAACCGAUAAUACUAAUGAACCAAAAAACAAGAAAUUAAAAGAUCAAAAUCUUAAACAUUUAGAACUUAAUGCUCGGUCUUCAUCCAAUUUUAAUGAUCAUCAUUUAUUUUUUGUUGUCCGAGAUGGUCUUCAAAAAUGUCCAUAUCAAUCUGAAUGUAAACAUUCACCUGAUUUAACUAUAUAUUUAACUUAA